AUGGCUACUGAGUCAAUCCUCAUCUCCCGGGGCAAGAGCGGUUUCUCUCCACACCUGCUAGAACCCUUUGGCUUCUACAGAAGUGAUGGAAUCGUAAGCUUCAAGGAUUUCCUGGGUGUUCUCACUGACAACCACCGCCUGGCUCAGUACAUGGGUCUAAUGAAGAGCAAUCGGGUCUGUGAGCCUCCGGGCCUGCAGACCCUAUUCCUCGAGGUGCUGUUCAAGCUGCUGAAACAGGGCUUUGUGCCCUCCAAAUCAGGGCAGGAGAUGGAGGAGAUCGAAAGGGGGUGUCUGAGCCCGCUGUCCUACUUUUCUCCUCCAAGCUACUAUUUAAAGAAGCAGCGGGCUCUGCGGCUGAGCACGUGCAGUAAGAGCCGGGCGCGCGGCCAGGGUCGGCCUGCGCGUGCACACACGGGUCUCACCUUCUUCUGCCAGGCGGCGCGCCUCAGCGGCCUCUCCAGUACCCAGCUGGCGCGCUCCCUGCACACACUGUACAGAACGGGUGCGCCCCCAGCCAGCCGCGGGCGGGGGGGUUGGGGGUCCGAGGAACAGAGGGGGGACCCCGCGGAAGGUGGAAAGGAUGCUCCAGGUCAUCCGCAGCCUAGCCCCACCAGCUCCCGCGGGGGGCCCUCCCAGUACUGUCCCCGCCUCCUCUGGAUCCCCCUCCCCAGGUGGGCGCAGCCCCUACGCUCAGAUUCCCAACCUGACCGGGCGCCAGCGACCAGAACGCAGGAUCUCGAACCGAGCCCCAGGCUCCGACGUUCGCUUCCCCAAGCCACAUCAGCCAGGCCGCCCCAAGCUCCCUCCCAACCUGGGACCACUCAGCAAAGGUCCCCUCCGUCCUCCCGCCGGGCUAGCGAGCCAGCCACUGGAGCAAAUGCGCCCCUCGAAGCUGGCUCUCUCUCCGCCAACUCUAGUGCAGAAGCACCCCUCCUCCCCUUCGCCAGCCUGUUUCCAGAGAUGUGCUAUGAAGAGCUUGUACAAGUAAAGCGUUUGCUGAGCGAAACUGGCUGCGCCUUCUGGGGUCAGGCACCGAGUCGACGCGCAUCUUUUGCAAACAUCUUUAUUAAUCUUGUAUAA